AUGAGCAAGAAGCCUGGGUUGGCAGACCUAGGUCUGAAGACCUGCCUGCCGCCAUUCUUGGAUGAGUCGUUGUUCCAGAACUCGACGGGCUACAUCGAUGGGAGGUUCUGUGCAAGUCUGGGCGACGUCUCAUGCUGCCUGCCCUGCCCCAUGACCGACUUUGUCUACCCGGAAUCCUUCAACACGUUAGGCACUGUAGCAGGAUGGGUCGGCGUCGUUUCCCUGAUAUGCGCAGUCUUUCUCCUUGCCUCCUACGCUGUCUUGCCCGUUGAAAAGACUCACCGACAUUACCUCAGCAUCUGCCUCACCUGUGCAGUAGCCAUCUUGAGCCUUGGUUUUGUCAUCCCGUUGGCGGGCAAUCCUCCGCAGUGCGCAGACAAGAUCACCCCGAAUAGCAUGAAGUCGAACUCGGUCUGUGCUGCCUCGGGAGCCUCUGUCAUCCUCGGCGGCUUCUCGGCGGUGAUGUGGGUGUUUUUGCGAUCUCUAUCGCUUCACCUGCAGAUCUGCUGGCAAGUCGUUGUCGGCAGGAACUUCAUGUGGGCAUCCCAGGCUCUGGGCUGGGGCAUCCCGAUCCUGGGACUGACGCUGGACCUCGUGUUCAGCGGCGUCUCGUUCCGCUUCGGUAACACCUGCCACAUCAACCACGAGAACAGCCUGGCGGACCUCUGGAUCCCACUUCUGGUCCUCGCUGGACUCACCAUCAUCAUUCAAUUCGCCACCUUCGGUUACUGCAUCAAGGUUUACCUUGCGUCCCUGGCCGACAACAGCGCCUCCACGGAGGGGUCCGGAAUGCCCUCGUACACGAACAGCAUCCGCACCAUGACGCCGCGCCAGGCGUACCGCAGGGUGCGCAGAGUGAUCCAGCUCCAGUGGCGAGGCAUUGCCAUCGUCAUUCUCAUUAUCGCCGAUGUCAUUUUCUUCUCCAUCAUCUUCGUGUUCCAAGACAACACGGUUCAGUCUGUCAAGGCGAACCCUGAUAGUGCUCUAGACUUCCUCAUGUGCCUCAUCAGGAAUGCCAAUGCAAAGGACAAGUGCUUGAAUGAGGCCAAGGUCCUGGUCGUCAACCAAGCGACCGUGGGCGCCGUGUUGCUCCUCUUAGCCAUGAACGGACUGUGGCUCGUCCUCUUCUUUGGGCGGUGGACGAUGGUGACGGGAUGGAUCGACAUGUUCCGCAAGGGACCUGAGCGAAAGGAAUUCGUGUCAGUCGACGCUCGACUCGACGACCUCAAGAAAGACCCACGUUCGUACGAGAUGCUCUCCCGGGAUACGGGAAAGAAUAUGGAGGACGACGUAGUAACACCGCCUGCAGUGUCCCCCCUCGCGUCGGCCAUGAGGAGUCAGCCCAUGAGCCCGUCUGGGCGAAGGACCCCGGACUACUUUGGUCAGACCGCCCGGUAUCACACCCCAGCUCGGUCAUUCUCGAGCCCGAGACCACCCCAGCAAGUAUCCUGGGAGAACCAAACGUAUGCGAGAGGCGACGGGAACGACUAUGACCACAUGAACCCGCUCGGAAUGAACAGGAUAUGA